CUCAUCUGGUAGUAGCACGUGUUGUGGUGUAAACAGUGACAGAAGCCGAAGAUGGGAAAUCAGGAAAUGGACUUGGAUGAACAGGACUCCACAAAAACAACAGAAGAUGGAAGCCAAAAGAAAAAGGUUUAUUUGCCUGGCAAACCACUUAAAGACGGCCAAGAAUUGGUGUGUGACGAGUCAGCCUAUAUUAUGUUGCAUCAGGCACAAACAGGUUCCCCUUGUUUAAGCUUUGAUAUAAUAAAAGAUACAUUAGGAGACAACAGAGAGAAUUUCCCACUGACUGCUUAUGCUGUAGCAGGAACACAGUCACCCAAAGUACAUACCAAUAGCUUAAUAGUGAUGAAGCUGUCUAAUAUGCAUCAGAUAAAACAAGAUGAAGAAGAUGAUGAGAGCAGCGAUAGUGAUAGUGAUGACGAUGAUGAUAACAGUAAAAAACCUCAGAUGAAGUGGUCAUUCAUACAUCACAAAGGUUGUGUAAACAGAGUGCGAGUUUCUACAUAUGAAGACCUUGUGCUGACUGCAGCAUGGUCAGAACUAGGAAAUGUCAGUGUUUGGAACAUAACACCACAGUUACGAGAAGUGGAUCAGCCACAAAAUGACAGUGGUACACUUCCUGGCCAACCGCUGUAUACAUUUACAGGACACCAGUCUGAGGGCUUUGGUUUAGAUUGGUCUUCUGUGAUGCCAGGAGUGCUAGCAUCUGGGGACUGCAAACAUGGAAUUCAUGUAUGGAGGCCUCAAGAAAGCUGGACAGGUUGGCAUGUUGAUCAGAGACCUCUAAGUGGUCACACAUCAUCAGUGGAAGAUCUUCAGUGGUCACCUAAUGAACCUAACGUGUUGGCUUCAUGUUCUGUGGAUAAAAGUUUGAGAAUAUGGGACACCCGUUCAUCACCUCAGGAUGCAAAUAAAUUAACUGUCGAGAAUGCUCAUGAAAGUGAUGUGAAUGUCAUCAGUUGGAAUAAGCAUGAACCACUCAUUGUUUCAGGAGGAGAUGAUGGCAUUCUCCAUAUAUGGGAUUUAAGAAUGUUCAAGGAAGGGUCAGCUUUGGCUACCUUCAAGCAUCACACAGAGCCCGUGACUACAGUUGAAUGGAAUCCUGUGGAUUCAACAGUUUUUGCAUCUGGUGGUGCUGAUAAUCAAAUAGCCCUUUGGGAUUUAGCUCUGGAAAGAGAUGAUACUGCAGAGGAGGAAGAUCUGAAGGAUGUACCACCUCAGCUGCUGUUCAUUCACCAGGGUCAGAAAGAUAUCAAAGAACUCCACUGGCAUCCACAGAUGAAAGGUGUCAUCCUCAGCACAGCUCUCAGUGGCUUCAAUAUUUUUCGUACAAUUAGUGUGUGAUAGUCUUCCAACAGAGACUGCAAGCAAAGGAAGACUAAUGUGGACUGUAAUAAUUCCAGAGGGAGUGAUUGGAUAAGUUGUGAAGUGAAAGGACAGUCUUUGUCCCAUGGGUACCACAAAGGCGGGGGGGGGGGGGGGUGUAGGAAAAGACAGAUUGCCACUUACUGUAAACAAGACACAUGUUAAGUUGCAGAUCGGUACAGUUAAGACACUUACAUAAAGCUUUCAGCCACAACCUUCAUCAGCAAAAGAGAAACACACACUAUUCACACACACAAGCAAACGCACCUCAUGCACACAUGUCCGCCAACUCCAGCAUCUCGGGCCAGAAUGCAUUCUAGCUCAAGUGACUUUUAAUUGUGCCUGUCUGCAACUUAACAUGCCUUCUUUGCAGUUAGUAGCAAUCUGUCUUUUGCAGCAUUGUUGGUAUUUCUACCUGGAGUUUCCAUUGUUUAAAUAAAGUAUUUUAUGCAGUAAUUCAAUGCUCCAAAGGGCAAUGAAUUGUGCUUUGUUGACUAUCUGUUUGUAUAAUUUUACAAAAAUGCAUUAGACUCAGACUAGUGCUUACUUGCCUAAGUUUUUCGCUCUAUAUAUUGAACUGACUAAAAAAUUUUAGAGAAGUUUUUUCAGGAAAUUGUGCAAAAGUUUGAUGACUCAGACAUUUAGUGAACUUAUUGUUGUAUAUUAUUGUAUUGUGCUUGUGGAUAUUGAGAUGUAUUGA